AUGACUUCCCCUCAACCAGUACCAAUAAGCAACAAUGGUAUACCUUCAAACGGUAUCGUUGCCAAACUCGAAGAAGAGGCGCGGAAGGACGAUGAUUUGUAUGGGGAAGGGAACGCGGAGGAGGGCGACGGGGUUGAAGAGGAGUCGGCGGGCGCAGAUGAAGAGAGCGACGACGAUGUUGAAAUCAUCAUGGAGACCCAGUCUCGUUCUUUGGACUUUCGGCAGCAGAACCGACCACCGGCAGCCCGUACAAAUAGUGCAUCAACAACCAACAAACCUCCUGCUCCUUCUCUAACCACCGAGUACAAGCCCCUCGCCAGAGGCGUCCCUGCGAAGGAAGCACAACCCCAAUCUUCCCCCGCCCCCUCUUCCCAGUCCGCGAUUCCCCCACCUUCUACAUCGACGCCCUCGGCCCCCAUACCCCAGGAGCUACAAUCCCAGCCCAAUGGGUCGGUUGUUGACGAUGGACCUGACCCAUCGACGCUUCCUCCUGCCACGGCACCUCCUUCGCAUCCGGCGAUCAACCCCGACAUGCCUGGCGUAAUGGACGGUCGUUCUAUACUCGAUGUUGACCUUGCUGCAUUGGCAGAUAAACCAUGGAGGAGACCGGGCUCUGAUAUCAGUGAUUGGUUCAAUUAUGGCUUCGACGAAAUCUCCUGGGAAGCAUACUGUUACCGCAGACGAGAUCUGGGAGAACUAGGUAGCAUCCUGAAGCAAAACGUCCUAAAUUUCGCGGCAAUGCCAGAAGACCAGUUGACCGCUCUUCCUCCAGAACUUCGUCAAAUGGUCAUGACUGGGGCAACUACGCUCAUGAACAACGGUGGUCCCAACGCCAUGAUGGGAGGCAUGAACCCUAUGAUGGACAUGUCAAUGAUGGGUGGUAUGGGUGGCAUGGGUAUGAACGGAGACAUGGGUAUGCAGAUGCAGCCUGGCGGGCCUAUGAUGGAUGCAAACCAGAUGGGCGGCAUGAUGUCAGACGGCGCGCAAGGUCAAGCUCAGGCCAACGGUGCCGAGCAAAACGGCAACGUCGGUGGGCCCAUGGCCGGGCAGAUGAUGGGCAACGAAGGAUUUGCAGGUGGCGGCCCCGGACAAAUGAUGAUGGGCGGAGACUUCGGCGGUAUGCAGGAUCAGAGCCAGAUGUACCAGAAUAUGGAGGCUCAGCCUAAUGUUCAGCCCGUGCAACAGCCCAUCAUACCACAAGGCGGGCGGGGCGGUGGGUUCCCGUACAGGGCUCGUGGACAGCAACCCAGAGGGCGGGGGUACGUACCGCGGGGUCGUGGUAGGGGAAUAUACAGUGGUGAAGGACCCCCAGCUCCAGUGCGACCUGCAAGUCCUCUGCCUCCCGGCGUGCCCACUGGCCCCCGUAAUCAAAACAAGUACAAGGAUCGCGAUGGGAACGCCCCAGCCGUCGACGGACUUGACUAUGGCGGUACCGCGAAGGAAGGUGGGUACAGGACGCCUAGUGGAGAGCCUGAGGACAGAAGCUCUAGGAAAAGGAGGGUUUCUCCAGGUCUUGACGACGGACGAGGUUCUAAGCGCCGUUGA